CAACGCCAUCAGGCAUCAGCAGACGGCGCUGGAACCCGUGGAAGCGAAGGCGGAGCGGACGCUGGCUGGCGUUGACAGUUGGAUGCGACCGCGGGAGCGUCCGUCCGCCUCCUCCAGUCCUCCUCCGGCUCCGCGUCCGGCUCAGCUCCCUUCUAAUCUCUAGUGGUAGGAAUCGUAGGCGCCACGCCCUCGGGAGAUUCGUCCGCCCCAAUCCCACUACCCCUCCCCGGAGGCGACGUCGUCGCCGGGCGGCGGCGAUGGCGACGUCGGCGGCUUCGAGGAAGAAGGCCCUCAGUCCCCCGAAGCACCGCCACGACGGCACCUCGCCGCUGCCGCUCGGCAUGGACUGGAGCCCUCCCCCGAAGAGAUGGGAGGGAAGGAACACAGUAUGGCCACAUAACCCUCAAACAGGUUGGAGUUACUGUGUCAUGAUACCUUCUUGGAUCGCUCAAACACCAGAAGCUAGUGUGACCGCUGACAGCCUUUUGAAAUCGGUCGUUUUUUACAGGAUACAUGUCGGUGUACAGUCUCCAGAAGGCUUUAGCUCUAGCCAUGGAAUUCUCAGAAGGUUUAGUGAUUUUCUGAAGUUAUCUUCUGAUCUUAAGCGUGCAUUUCCCAGAAAAGACGUCCCAUCAGCUCCUCCGAAGCAUGCUUUCUUAAGAAUAAAUUCAAGCAGGUUGCUUCUAGAAGAGAGAAGGCAUGCAUUGGAGGAGUGGAUGCAAAAGUUACUUUCUGACAUUGACUUGUCAAGAAGUGCUCCUGUUGCUGCUUUUCUUGAACUUGAAGCUUCAGCACGUUCAUAUUUCCAAGAACAGAAUGGGCGUCCUUCUGAAGCAGGUUCUUCUGCAAAAAGUAGUACAGACUCUUCUCUGCAUGAACCUGCUUCUGGUUCUCUCAUUGAGUCCAAUCAAAUAAAUCCAGCACUUACUCGUGGUAGCAGUAUGACAGGAGCAACUGGCAAUGGUGUGCUGGGAGAAUCUAUCUUAGAUCAGUCUGAUGAGCAUGUUACUACUGUCUUGAAUCACAGGAAAGGGAAUCUUGUCUUCUUGGAACAUGAUGGUAGAAAUGGUUCGGUAGCAUCUUACAGGGGAGUCGUUUCUGAAGAGGAUCGCGACUCAAAUCCUGGCCAUGCUCGGAAGGACUCUUCUGAAAGUAUUGGGAGUGAUUUGAGCUCUUUAAGAGGCAGUGAAUUAUCUGCUCCAGGGCCUAGUAGUUCACUAUGGGAUGGUCCUGUGGAUCUACCAAGCGGCAUGGAUGGACAUAAUAGUCAAACAGAACAUCUUACUGGUUUAGAUAUGCAGCUUUUGGAUGAUGUGGAUGCACAAGUCAUCCUUCCAAAUGAUCAAAAACAGAAGUUGACUAGACUUUUGAUCACGAUGCAACGAAGAAUAGGGACAACAAAAACUGAUAUGGAGGAUCUCAUAGCACGACUAAAUCAGGAAGCUACUGUCAAAGAAUAUCUUACCACAAAGGUCAAAGAUUUGGAGGUUGAGUUGGAAGCGACAAAGCAGACAGGUAGGGAGAUACUACAACAAGCUAUCCUGGUUGAAAGAGAGAGGAUUACCCAGAUGCAAUGGGAUAUGGAUGAGCUCCGCAGGAAGUACUCUGAGAUGGAGUCAAACCUGAAGAUUGAACAAAAUGAGAAAACUCGUGUGGAGUCAGAGACAACAACUGCUAGUGGUGAAAAAGAAACGUUACUUGAAGAACUAGAAACUAAACGAAAAGAAGUUGAGAGUUUGAAACAGCAUCUUGGAGAAGUUGAGUCAAAGUCUAAAGCAGAUAUAAAGGUUCUUGUCAAAGAGGUCAAGUCUCUUAGAAACUCAGAAAAAGAGAUGGAGAAAGUGCUGAAUCAGUAUCUUGAGGAGAAGACUGAUUUAGAGAGGGUUAUUAAUAGAGAGAAACAACGGUCAAUACACACGAAGUUAUCCCGUGAAAAAAUUCUUCACGAGUGCAGACUGCUGCGUGAGCGUCUACAAGAAUGUAGUGCUAAAUUUAUAGCGGAGGAACAAGACAACUUUUCUAUUGAUCCAUCAUCCUUGCCUGAUGCACUGGAUCUUCUGGCAACAUCAGACAAUAGAAUACGCCUACUCGUUGCAGAGGCUCAACUUCUAGCAGGAAAUGAUGAACAAGGCUCUUCUGAUGAUGGCGACAAUUCUGAUAGUAGAUCCUCAUUGACUAUGAGCAGUGAAGAUGCAAAUGUUACUGAUGAAGAUACAACAAAAAUGUUGUCCGAUCUGCUUAUUGACAAUGCGCAGCUAAGAAUGCGCCUCAAUUCUGUCAUCCGUAAUGCUGUAAAUACCACCGUGAAGCCAGAGAAAGACGGUACUGAUGGGGCUGUCCCCAAAAAGACAGUCCUUAACUGGUUGUUGGACAGAUGAGAAAAUACCAAUGUAUUUUCUUGUGAGUUAGAUCUUAAACUUGUGUGGCUUGAUCAAAGCUAUACGAUGAGCAUUCCUUUAGUGCCAGAGUAGCAUCAGGAUAAACAUCCCCUCCAUGCAGAGGGAGCCUUGAAGCGUGUUAUGCUGUUGUAUUAUUGUUUAUUUACAUUUAAAUUCAUGGAGGGUAGUAUAUUUAGUGGGCCUGUUACAUUGCGCUCCUGUUGCGAGGACAGUAAAGUUGCUCAGCUUUGGAGAAGCUCGGCAAUUGGAGUGAUACUGAUAGAGAACAUAAUAAGCCCUCGUUUUUGCACCAUAUGUAAUUACAAAGCCGAUGGAUACCUGUAUGCAUAGAUGUUUCAGGCUUUCAGCUUGUGAA